UCCAGGGCCCACAGGUGCGCUAAGGAUCAUGGUCACGGUGACACAGUGACCGAGCGGCUGCUAGCAUGGAAUCAAACAUGGAGACUCCAUGCUGCUAGCCUACUUUUGUGUUUUUUCGUCCCUUUAAGUGUACCAGGUCGUCCCACAGUGUCGUGGGUAAUGUCUGAGUGUUUUCUGCUAUGAAUUUCGGCCCCGUAUUUCGACUAUGCAAGCGUCUUAUUCUUGUCAUCGCCGUGUUUUCAUCACAUCCGGUUUCUGGCCAGGUGUUCAAGACUCCCGACUGGUGCACAGAUGACAUCACCGACUCUGUCCGUCUUCCAUCCGAGGUCACCUGUAACCUCUGCCCUCCUGGCACAUACGUUAUACAGGACUGUACUGCCGACAACCCUGACCCACGUUGCGAGUCAUGUACAGCAGGCCGGUUCUACAACCCCUGCUUUAACUUCGCCAGCCGCUGCCUGUCCUGUAGCGACUGUACUCCGUACUUCAGCGCUGACGGCAGGAAUGGCACAGUGGAGGGGGAGGACUGCACACCAACACGGGACAGGGUCUGCAGGUGUUCCAGUAACGAUUUCUGGGACUUGAAAACCUCCGAGUGUCGACAGAAAACUUCAUGUGAUAAAGGAUUCGGAGUGGCCCAUAUAGCAACCCACAAGGCGGACACAGCCUGUAUCCCAUGUGAGGAUGGAACCUUCUCGGACGAGAAUUCGCUGACUCAGCAGUGUCGAAGCUGCACAGAUUGCAGAGGUGGGACGUUACAGCCCUGCACCAACACUCAGGACACGCACUGUGACUUUCCUGGGCUGCAGAGUACUACCGGUAGUACCAGUCCAGUUUCAGCUCAGUCCAGAUCAGUGCCCCAGGUCCCAGUGCCGGUAGGUUCUACCAACACGGAGGCCGUCAUAGGGGGGUCUGUGGGAGGCUGUGUGCUGUUCCUGCUGUUCCUGGGCUGUUUCUGGUGGAGAUGCCGCAGGACAAAACAGCUCUCAACACCAGCAAGCAUCAGGAGGAGGCCAAGUCUGUCUGACUCUGAAGACAUUGAGAUGAAUGCUGGAAUGCUUGCCCGGGCCCCAGAAGUCCCUUCCCUUCCCGACCCGCCACCCCUCCCCCCACCCCGAAUCCAGAUUCACCGACUUUCCCUAAGAAGAUAUCUGAUGAUGGAUGCUGCAGACCCUUAAUGAACACAGAAGACCCCGGACCUCCCAACAAUGCUCAUGACAUCUAUGAGAAGGAAGCGAACCCCCACCCCCUGCAGCCCAUCUCACUUCAGCCUGAGGAUGUCCUGCCACCAGGAGGCAGGCUGGAGCCGGUGGGGUCCAGCUCUGAUGACGUGUCCUUCCGUAACCCUGUACAGAACGUGUAGCAUCCCUGACACCACUAGCCUGGGUGCCAGCCCCUUUCCAGUGUAUGAUAAUUUCCUUGGAAGCCACACGCCCCGCCAGGCCCCAUUCGAUAGCAUGAUAGAUAAAGGAGGGCCUGCAAGCCCUUUUUCGUAAGGCGUAAUCAGGCCGUUUUAGACUUCGUAAUUCGUAGGCAGCCUCCACAAAAAUCAACGUAAUUCGUAAUUGGACAUUAGCCGCAAAUCGUAAAGUCGUAAUCAGCUCUGAGACUUAAACGUAAUUCGUAAUAGGCGGCAAAAAUUUUGCGUAAUCCGUAAUCACUACCCCCCCUUGCAGGCCCUCAUAAAGGGCUUGGGCAGAUACUUUUGUAGUGGACAUUAGGGUCCCCCCCAAAAUAUCUUCAUGUAUCUCUUACCAAACACCAGGAACACGGGAAGCCAUACCCCCCACCAGGCCCUAGUUGGCACCCUCUGAAAGAUAAAGGGCUUGGGCAGAUACUUUUGGUAGUGGACAUAAGCUUAGGGUUUCUCCCCCCAUGCAAGAAAUCUAUCGCUUAUGAAACGCCAGGGUCUGGCACCCAGGCAAGACACCACUUGUACUAACUUGCUGCACGUUAACUGAAUGAUUUAUCAAUAUUCACUGUUUGGCUAUCUCUGUGGGUAUAGCAAGCUAUAUCAAUUCAAUAACCCCACCAUAUAUUUGUUGCAAUUGCGGCUCAGAACCAAGAGGUCACGGGUUCGAAUCCUACCCAUUCCACCGAACGUGUGCCCUUGGAAAAGGCACUUUACACGACUUUCCUCACUUCACAGGUGGAAAUGAGUAUCUAGCUUCGGGUAGGGACGUCUCUCGGAUAGGACGUUAAAUGGAGGUCCUGUUUUUGGGGAGAGCCACACACAUUUAAGAACCCACCACACUUAUCAAAAAGAGUAGGGGACCUUCCCGGUGUGAGUGGUUCAAACCUUACAGUCCAGUCUUAUGCAAUGUACAUGUGCGUUCAUGUACAAAACCGGUGUGUUUCGCCUAAAGGCGGUUUACCGGUUAUGGAAAAAAAUGUUUAAAAAGAUUGAGGUCUUCCACCAUCAAGAGGAAUGCCAUGUGUUUAAGCUUCAUGUAUUUUUUUUUUUUGCACUGACUUUCAUAAGUCUUAGAGAACUUUUUAUACCUGUAAGAUCAUUUGAUAAAAUUUGUUUGUUUCCUUGUUCGUCAGACAAAAAGCAAUUAAAAAGCAAUAUGCAUGUACAACUAGAAGACUGAGGUUUUAUUUAGAAGAGACAUUUGUACUCAAUGAGUAGAGAUUAAAGUGGGCUUAUUUUAGAUGUAUUUUUACAUGUUUUAUCUGGCAUUUUUUGACAGCUAUCCAACUUGUCCUACUUGGGUUGCUUAUUGGAUACUGCUCUGUCAGUUUGAUACUGUCUUGCCAUUUCAAUACAAUGAUACACUACCAGCUGAUAUAAGGCACAUAACAACUUUACAACUGUACAAAGCAGCCUUGAGAUGCAAGCCUCGUGAAACAUCCAUUUUAUCCUUACUGCCCUCUGUGAAAGGUACUUACCUAUUUCUUCAUUUCGAUCUUCAUACAG